GCAGGACUGAGAGCCAAGAGAGAAAAAGAGAGACUGGGACCAGAGAAGAGGUGCUGCCUGGGUUAAACUUAGCAGUGUUAGGCUCAUUUUUUUCUCUCUUUUUUUCACCUCCUCUUUGUCUGUUUUGAAGGGGGGGGGGAGCAGAUGGCUGGGGCUGACAGAGCAGAGAGCACAACGCCAGUGCGGGCAUGAGGAGCUGCUUUCACAGGAACACUGGGCACUGCAGGGAGCCAUUCACGUCUUUCCUUUGUUUCCCAUAAUUGGCAGAGGCAGGUUUUAACAGCAAGAGAGGAAAUCUAUGUCGAGACGAAGGAGGAGGCGGAGAGAAAGAGAGAAAAGGAGAGUAAAACAGAGGACCUCAGAGGAGCAGGGGAGGUAGGGGUAAGCCUUGUGACAAUGUUUCUCUCCUUUUGGACUAUUAACAAUGACAUUGAUGUGUCUUUAACCUGCCAGGUUUGGAUGUUUAUAUCCUAGUAUAAACUCUGCUAUGAUCUUUUUGUUUAUUUGAAGAGUGGAGCCAUUGCAACACGGCUGUAUUUGAUUCCACAAUACCUUUUCACAUUUGUUUUGAGCUUGAUUUUGGAUUGAAAAAAGUACCUAUCAAUUCCUGAUGACAUUGUUGCUUGAUUAUUCACAUCAUGCUUACCUAAAUCAUCACAAAGGAGAGUUGAUUUCAACAAUGAGUGACUUGUUUUUGUAAUGUUUUACUGGAAAACAGACCAUCAUCCACAAGAGAGUUUCUUGCGGAACUGAGAGUUUUAUCCCAAAGGGCUUGACUCAGCCUACAAACACAACAAGGAUUGAGUAAUCAGUCCUUUUCAUUGGGGACAGGAGAGUUUGGACUCACGUCAUUGUCUGGAAGACAGUGACUUAUCUGGGGACAAUCUCCUCAAUCUGUCUGCACCCCAACAAACAAAGACCUAGGACUGGUUGUGACCGCAGACACAGUGACCCUAGUGGUCGUGAUUGACUUCAGACGUUUUCACCCCAAUCCACUGAUUCCCUGGGUCUCUGGUCAUCUGGAAGCUGAUUUCAUGCACCCGGUCCGGUGGUGUAGCGGGAGAGAAGAAAAGACUGUAACAACAACAUGUGGAUUAAGGCAAGAGGAUGUCUGUGCGGUUUAAGAUCGCAGAUCUCAGACCCUUACGGCAAGAUGACAUCGGAAGACAUCUACAACCUGCCCCUCAACGUGUACGUCAUCAUCCUGGGCAUCGGCCUCUUCAUCUUCAUGCUCAGCCUGAUCUUCUGCUGCUACAUGUUCAGGUUAAGGCGACAAGGCACAAGGGAGCAAUAUGGAUAUAAUGAGGUUGUUUUGAAAGGAGCAGGAAAGAAACUGAGUCUUCUUGGACAGACCUGUGCAGUGUGCUUAGAACAGUUCAAAAGCAGAGACGAACUUGGAGUGUGUCCCUGCUCACAUGCCUUCCACAAGAAGUGUCUGUUAAAAUGGCUGGAGAUCCGCAGUGUCUGCCCUAUGUGCAACAAACCUAUCUGCCGUUUGCAGCCAGACCCCCCACAGGGCGCAGAGGGGCCCCAGAGCCCAAUGGAGGUGUGAGAGGAGAGAAGGACCCCACCACAGCACCUCAACACCACUAACUACAGUCCCAACCUGCCUCUCCCAGACCGCCUGACCCCUAAAGAUCACACCCUGGUCCAGGUGAAGGGAUUCAGGCAUUCCAUCCUGACCUCUCCCAUAUAUCCCUAUCCUAGUUCUGACAGAAUAUUUAAAUCCACUCCACUCUUUGAAGGUGUUAGAGCCCUGCAGGUGUGUGUGAGAUAAGACUUUAAAGUGGAACUCAUUGAACAAUAUUGGGGGACAAACUGUCAGUACCCUCCAUCCCAUGUUGCCAAUUGAAGAUAGGGUGUCUGAUUGGUCGGUGAGUAACAUAGGACCUGGAUGGAGGUGACACCCACAUACCACGCUCAUAGCUGCCAAUAUGGGCCUAUGAGGUAUCCAGCUAUGACAUAGGGUACAGUGACCCUGUCUCUAAAUAACACAUCAGGGUCAUUCUUGAUUUGCAGUGCCUUUUGGGCAUGGCAUUUUGGAAGACAUUUACUUCCUUUUUGUUUAGUUGUUUUUAUUUAAAUGUAUUUGGGUACAUAUUCCCAUUCUCAAUAAAUGAAUAUGUCCGAUUAAUGACUUUAAGUCAUUUUGACGAUAACCUUCUGCCACCGCUAGGAGUAGUAACACCAAUGAUGCCAUCAUCAUAUGUCAGAAAGUGCAACCAUUCUGCCUGCACUGUCGGGUUGAGGGACGGGCAUCGCGUAGGAGUGACCCACCUGUCAGAAGACAAUGUAAUGUUGGUAAUACCAAUGACACAUUUUUUGUAAUUGAGGAUUUUCUUAAAUGGAGACCACAGCUGUUCAGAUCUAAUGUCAUUAACCCUUAAUUUACUCAAGUUAUAUGAUUAAUCCCUAUCACUAAUAACCCUUUAUUUAUCCACACCAUAUUAUAACACUCUAAAAGGGUGUGAAUAGGUAACAACUUUCUUUAAUAUAGACGACUCCUGCAAUAAGAGUUUUUCUUGGAGAGAAUGCUCAAGGUCCUUGUAUAUCUUUUGUGUAAUGACUAAUCUCAGAAACCCAGAACUAAAAUCUUACGUAAUUGCGUCAGAUGCUCGAUUAGAUUCUGAAGGAGAUGUAUCAGGAAGGAUACUAACACGACUAGUGAAGUCUCUUUAAACAAUGCAUUAAAGACACAGUUUUGCAGUAGAAAGGACUUGCAUUAUGUUUUAUCAUUAAUAAACAGUUCAAUAUAAACAAAAAAUGUGUAUGAUGUGUAACUAUUUGUCAUAAAGUGUUUUUCAUGGUUGAAAAGCUGAGGGACGCAAAUGCCAUCGCAAUUCAAUUAAAUAUGUAGUCUUUAAGUUAUUUCUAAGGAAUUGUUUUGUAUUAUAACUGACUUUCAAUAAAGUGUAGUGUUUCAGUGA